GCCGGCGCCCCCUUUGCGGGGUCAGCUCGGGGGGCCGGACCCCGCUCUAGAUGGGAUAAGCUGUAAACAUGUUUAGCUUUGAAGGGGAUUUCAAAACAAGGCCCAAGGUGUCUCUCGGAGGAGCGAGUAGGAAGGAAGAAAAGGCUUCUCUCCUGCAUCGUACUCAGGAAGAAAGGAGAAAACGAGAGGAAGAAAGGCGGAGGCUGAAAAAUGCAAUAAUAAUCCAGUCAUUUGUAAGAGGCUACAGAGACAGAAAACAUCAAUACUCUAUCCAAAGAAGUGAAUUUGAUCGCUGUGCUAAUUUGGCCCAAUCUGGAGGAACCUUUUCCACUGCUAAUGGAGCUAAUUUGACUCUCUUAGUUCGUCAGUUACUCUUUUUCUAUAGACAGAAUGAGGAUUCUAAGCGUUUGGUAUGGAUGUGUCAGAAUUUAAUAAAACACAGUUCUCAGUUUGUUAAGCAAUUGGAUGGUCCAGACAGACUUACUUGCUUAUUCCAAAUAAAAAGACUGUUGGGGCUCUGUUGCAGGCUAUUGCAAAAUUGCAAUGAUGACAGUCUGAAUGUUGCACUUCCUAUGAGAAUGCUUGAGGUAUUUUCAUCUGAGAAUACAUAUUUGCCUGUUUUACAAGAUGUCAGCUAUGUGACAUCAUUAAUUGAACAAAUUUUGCACUACAUGAUUCAAAAAGGCUACUACAAGUCGCUUUAUUUGUUAAUUAACAAUAAGCUUCCCUCGAGUAUUGAGUAUUCUGAUGUUUCUCGAGUCCCUAUUGCAAAAAUACUUCUGGAGAAUGUUCUGAAGCCAUUGCACUUUACAUAUAGCUCCUGUCCAGAAGGUGCAAGGCAGCAGAUUUUUGCAGCCUUCACAGAGGAGUUUCUGGCAGCACCUUUUACAGAUCAGAUAUUCCAUUUCAUCAUUCCAGCGCUUGCUGAUGUGCAGACCAUUUUCCCUUAUGAACUCUUUCUGAAUGCACUAUUAUUAGCAGAAAGUGGAUGUUCAAGAAGAAGUGAUCAAGCCCCGUGGCUUUUUUACUUUGUGUUAACAGUUGGAGAAACAUACUUGGGAUCCCUUUCAGAGGAAGGACUUCUUGUGUAUUUGAGGGUACUCCAAACUUUUCUCUCUCAGCUCCCUGUGUCUACUGCUGGUACAAAUUGUCAAGAUGCAAACAGUGACUCUGAAGAUGAGGAUGAAGAGAUCAGUAAAAUGACAACUACACCAGGUGAUGGGAGAAUAUCAGUUCAGUACGUAACUGAGGAGUGUCUGAAGAAAUUGGAUACAAAGCAGCAGACAAAUACUCUACUGAAUAUGGUUUGGAGAGAUUCAGCUAGUGAAGAAGUCUUUACCCUGAUGGCAUCAAUCUGCCACACGCUAAUGGUACAACACCGAAUGAUGGUGCCAAAAGUCAGGCUUCUUUACAGUUUAGCCUUUAAUGCCAGAUUCCUGAGGCAUCUUUGGUAUUUGAUAUCUUCAAUGACUACACGAAUGAUUACAGGGUCUAUGGUGCCACUCCUUCAAGUGAUUUCAAGAGGCUCUCCAAUGUCUUUAGAAGACUCAAGUCGAAUUAUCCCUCUCUUCUACCUUUUUAGUUCUUUGUUUAGUCAUUCACUUAUUUCUAUUCACGAUAAUGAAUUUUUUGGUGAUCCAAUAGAAGUUGUAGGUCAAAGACAAUCAUCAAUGAUGCCUUUUACACUAGAAGAGCUUGUAAUAUUAUCACGCUGCCUUCGAGAUGCAUGUUUAGGAAUCAUAAAGUUGGCUUACCCAGAAACAAAACCAGAGGUUCGUGAGGAAUAUAUUGCAGCAUUUAGAAGUGUUGGAGUAACAAAAAAUACAGAAAUGCAGCAGUGUAUACAGACUGAACAGAAAAGGUGGAUUCAGUUAUUCAAGGUCAUCACAAACUUAGUGAAAAUGUUAAAAUCUAGAGAUACGAGGAGAAAUUUCUGCCCACCAAAUCACUGGCUCUCAGAACAAGAAAACAUUAAAGCAGAUAAGGUUACACAGCUGUAUGUGCCAUCUGCUAGACAUGUCUGGAGAGUCAGAAGAAUGGGAAGAAUAGGUCCAUUGCAAUCUACUUUGGAUGUGGGUUUGGAACCAGCACCUCUUUCUGUAUCUGAAGAACGACAACUUGCCAUUCUGACAGAGCUACCUUUUGUAGUUCCUUUUGAAGAAAGAGUAAAGAUUUUUCAAAGGCUGAUCUAUGCUGAUAAACAAGAAGUUCAAGGAGAUGGGCCAUUUUUAGAUGGAAUUAAUGUCACUAUCAGAAGAAACUAUAUUUAUGAAGAUGCUUAUGAUAAACUUUCACCUGAAAAUGAACCUGACCUAAAAAAGCGCAUUCGUGUUCACUUACUUAAUGCACAUGGUCUUGAUGAAGCUGGUAUUGAUGGUGGUGGAAUUUUCCGAGAAUUUCUGAAUGAACUACUUAAAUCAGGAUUUAACCCUAACCAGGGAUUUUUUAAGACCACCAAUGAGGGACUUCUUUACCCUAACCCUGCUGCACAGAUGCUCGUUGGAGACUCUUACGCCCGACAUUACUACUUUCUUGGAAGAAUGCUCGGAAAGGCUCUUUAUGAAAAUAUGCUGGUGGAGCUGCCAUUUGCUAGUUUUUUCCUCUCAAAAUUAUUGGGGACAAGUGCUGAUGUUGACAUUCAUCAUUUAGCCUCAUUAGAUCCAGAAAUGUACAAAAAUUUGCUUUUUCUCAAGAGCUAUGAAGGGGAUGUGGAAGAGCUUGGACUAAACUUCACUGUGGUGAAUAACGACCUUGGGGAAGCACAGGUGGUUGAGCUGAAGCCAGGUGGAAAAGAUAUUCCUGUUACCAGUGCUAACCGAAUCGCAUACAUCCAUCUGGUGGCAGACUACAGGUUAAACAAACAAAUUCGACAGCAUUGCCUUGCUUUCCGGCAAGGACUGGCCAAUGUUGUGAAUCUGGAAUGGCUUCGAAUGUUUGAUCAACAGGAAAUACAGGUUCUGAUUUCUGGUGCCCAGGUUCCUAUUAGUUUGGAUGACCUUAAAUCUUUCACAAACUAUUCAGGUGGCUACACAGCAGACCAUCCUGUAAUCAAAAUAUUCUGGAGAGUUGUUGAAAGCUUCACUGAUGAAGAGAAACGCAAACUACUCAAGUUUGUAACAAGCUGCUCUCGACCGCCUCUUCUGGGGUUUAAGGAGUUAUAUCCUGCGUUUUGCAUUCACAACGGAGGAUCUGAUUUAGACAGGCUGCCUACUGCCAGUACCUGCAUGAACUUGCUGAAGCUUCCUGAGUUUUAUGACGAAAAUCUUAUGCGAAGCAAGCUUCUUUAUGCCAUUGAAUGUGCUGCUGGAUUUGAAUUAAGCUGAGUCGAACUGAUGCUUAUUUGGAUGAUCUGCAGAGGAACUAACCAGUGCCUACUCUAUAAGCAGCACCCAUACCCAAGCAGUUUCAAGGGAAUUCUGUCUAGAUUUCUGCAGCUCUUGUGUCUUAUCAAAUGCCCUCAAAUAGGUUUCAUUUUUAAACACAAUUUCUUAGUUAGCUUUCGUUAAUUAAUAUUACAUUGACACUGCUUUAUGAUUCAAAACAAUGAAUGCUGUGUGCAGUGUGGCUGUUUUCUGUGUUUAUGCAAAGAAAGAGCACAUUUAAAGAACAGUGACAUCUCAGUGAAAUUAACCAAAGAUAGAGCUUUGGCUUUGUGCUGUUCAAACAUAAAUAAUUUCACAAACUGGCAAUAAAGUUGUGUACCAUGCAGCACAUUGGGUUGAGACAGGGCUAACAUCCUGUAAUUAAUCUUUUAGAUGGAAGUGAAGCAGAUGUUUGCAGAUAUCCCAGAACUGAGGGGAUGAAAAUGCUCAUUACCGAUAACCUAACAUCUUUACUUAUGUUGUAGAAUUGUUUACAAAUCAUAGUUGUUGCAGAACUGAUUUUGUUUUAUACUACCUUCCCUCAAGAUGGUAGGCACUGAGAUAAAACAUUUAAAAUAUUCCAUUUGUGCUUUCUGAAAUACCUUGGAGAAAUUGUAUUCGCAUUAUUUUAAGUUCAACCUUUGGCUGCGUCAUUAUCACUUGGACACUGUCGUGAAUGGAUGUGACUAUCCAUGUUCUCUCUGUUCUGUUUCUGUCUUUUGUGCCUGUACAGAUUUUUGGUUUUGUUUUUUUAAAUGUAUCAGACUCCUAUUGCAUACACAGUACAUACAAAAGUCAUCACUUUGGAAAAAUAUACAUGUAACAACUAUUAAAAUUAUUUGAACCAAAGUUAUCAGGCUUUAUCUUUUAUAUUUGAAGCCUGUGGUGUUCACAUUCCUUUCCCCUAUCAUUUCUUUCCAUCUUAAAUACCAUAUCUGUGCCGUAGACACUAGUCAAAUUCAUCAUUUUUUUUGUGAUCAAACAGCUUUUGUAUCCAUCUGCCUGCAGUAUUUCUGCUAAGAAAUGUAGGUGGGAAUAUGCUGCUUAAUAUAAUUUGAUAUCUGGAAAAAAAUUGCUUUCAUAUGGAAGGAACUGAUCCUCCAGUAGUAGGCACAUCGCUGGGUAUUCGUAUGCAAACUGCAGUCAUUUCAAAAAAGGAAUUAUAGUUCAAACUGUAAGAUUCAUAAGUGCAUCCCUCUGAACUUUAGUUUUAUAUUUCAAAUCAUCAAAAUUUACAAUCAAAUUUGUAUUCAUCUCUUAUGCAAAAAAAUAUUUUGCUGUUACUGGAAACUCUGUUGGAUUUCGUAUUUAAUGAGCAGUAACCAGCAUUUAAAUGUGGGGAAACUGAGUGAUUUUAAGAUGUUUACUAGUAACCAUAUAAAAAUGUAUAAUUUCUUAAUUUGGGUAAUAAAUGAAGUGUUAAAAUACUAUUUGUAGUCUUGAUGUACAGAAAUAAAACGAUUGGUUUUCUUUUUGGUUUUGCUUUAGGCUUUUUAUUUAUGUUAAAUGUUACAGCCCAACCUAUUCUUUAUCCCAGAAUUCUUUUCAUGUAUAUUUUUCUACAUAAAUUAUGGAACUUGUAAAGAAGUUGAAAAAGAGGUCAGUAAUAGUGGAACUGCCUCCUCCUAAUCGCAAAACCUGGACACUUCUUUUAGAUGGCAUUAUUUAUUUUAGAACCUAAAGCUUUAAAUAUUUUGAAAUUAUUUUUCAGUUCCAUUAUUUUGCUACAUUGGGUAGUGGUGUAUCUGUAUUUUGUAAAAUUAAAUUUGAAUUUUCUAUUAAAUAUUCGUAUUUUGAAGAUUGUGUUGGAGUCAUGUCAAGUAAUCAUGACUGGUAAUGUAUGCUUUCUGCUUUUGUAAAAGGAGACAGUGAACACUAUUGCUGGCUGUUAGCACGAAUGCAAGUUCAACAGAGAGGGUAGGCUGGGGGGAGGUGUGAGUUGCAGAUAGGUGUAGGCAUGCAAUUGCGAGAAUCGCACAGUUGCAGAAAGCUUCAGUAGAGAAUUUUGAGUUUGCUGGAAAUACUCGUGACUUUUUAUUUCUUCAGUAUGUAGUAUUCGGUGACCUUGUUUUGUAUAUUCUGUACAUGAAAUAUGAAAUUCUGACAUACACGAGUCAGUGGGAUGGUAGUCGAGAUUUCAUUCUGCAGGUAGUCCGUUGAAAACCUGUGCCGCAACAGCUUCUACCACUGUCGGUAUCCAGACUGCAAUAAGAAGAGGGUAGGGCAUUCCUUCGGCAACGAGUGCUUUCAAUUCUGACUGCCAACUGCUUCUGUACAGUCAGGAUGAAGCACGAGUCCCUGCUUUUCAAUGAUCUAUUGCUGGAUAUUUUAAGGAACAGGAGAUAAAGGUUUAAGAAAUAAUAUAGAUAUAGUUAGUCAUCUCCUGAGGAGCUAGGCGGUCUAAAUGAUCUCUCGUAGCUCUUACGUAGCAAGAAUUGUUUGUGUAUGAAAAUGGAUUUUCUGUUUUUUAAAAGAAGAGCGGACUCUCUCCCAGUUGUGAAGCUCCCAGAGUUUAGGUAGGCAGAGGCAGGAAGCACUUUGCAUGCAAGUAACCUGAAAUAUUACUGUAGAUCUUGAUCAUUGGAAUUAUAGCAGUAAUCAUUAUGGGUUUGGAGUUGUUUUCUGUACAAGACAGCCCUUCCUUAAAGUCAAUUUCUGUACUUCAGUGCUUUGUCCUGCUAGUUCAGUACUUGCUUUUUAAAAAAAAGGACAGCAUUUUCUGUUUGGUUUUUGUUUUCAAACGAUUUCUGUUUUACAAUUUUGUAACCUGUUUCAAAAACAUUUUUGUCAAGUUUAUGAUGGAAGAGGUUGCAAAUUCUUCAUCUUUCCAAAGUUAAAAGUCAUAAAAGUGUAAUAAAAAAAA